AUGGCACCAGCCACUGAGAGCGAUGGCUCGUCCAGCGACCUGAACGAAUCGUGGGAGCGCCCCGUGUGGUACCAGCUAGUGGAUGUGCAAAGAAACAAGCUGGGCUCGGUAGGGCGCGUGAAAGUGUCAAGCGAUGACGCGCUGAUUGUUGACUUCCUGGACGAGGUUGAGAAGAAGAACAAGAGAGGUCGCUUGAAUGGAAUUGUUGUUAUCGAUCUCGCGGUCUACGACAGCAUUGACGCAACAAGCCCCAUGAAGGCACGUGAUACAAUUGGCUCGCACGGCAAAACCGACUCAACGGCGCUCAUCGUGGUCGUACCUUCUCCUACCCAGCUAUCUCCUCAGCCACCUCUUCCACUAACUCUCCAGCCACGUAAAGAGCAGCUCGUUGUUGGUGGUGAGGCGUUUUCUGUUGUGGAAGGAAUGACGGUGAACCCAAACAAGUUGACUGCGUUUUGGACAGCGCUAGCAAAACUUUCCAGUGGGCUCGAAUAUGGAACUGUGAUCGAGCUACCAAGUGGAAUCUAUAUCCUUGGAGACCAGACACGAGGAUCCCGAGUCUUCGUUCGAGAUUGCUACAAGAGACUUUUGGACGUUUGCAAGGAGAAAAUUCACGGGAAGUAUUCGCAUCUUGUGAUGCUCGGGAACCCAGGGAUCGGCAAGACGUUUUUCGGGUAUGUGCUUUUGCUCGAGUUUGCACGAACACACAAGACGGUCGUGUACCAGAAUACAGAAGACGAACGGAUUUUGUUUUCUCCUGACGUGGUUGUGCGAGGUUCUGGGGACGACUUCAAGCAAUUAUUGAGAGAGCCCGAUACGUACUACAUCUAUGUUCAGGACGAGGUUUACCAGCGUCUUUACGAUCUGGAGAAGACCAGGCUGUUGAACUUCAUUAAGGCAGGUGAUGGCGUUGAUGGUUAUGAAGUCCUACGUGGGCAAUUAUUUGAAGGUCACGCGCAUUUGGUGCUGGCAAAAAGAGGGGUUUUUGGGAUUCGGCGCGUUCUCCCCGACGACACCCCCGACAAUGCCGUGCAAGAUGCUACACAGCUCCCACUCUCUGAAAUGGAAACAGUCGUUUUUAAGAGCAAGGAUGAGCUUCCUGCCGCUGACGACAAUGUUUACCUGCGGCCAUCAGCGAAGAACUACAAAUCCGUAGACUCCAUGGUCAAGCCUGAUAUCUUGUUCCAAGUGACUGGCGCUCACAAACACCCGUGCAAGCAAGGGGGGCUACACAGUGUCUUGGAACAACUUGGAGAUCCAACAUCACCCCGACUAUAUUUUGUGUUGCCGCCCGACCGAUUCGACGAGUUUAAAUACCAAAAGUAUCACGACUCGAAGUGCAGGCUGAUGGAAAGCUCAACAUACCCGAAUGUGCAGAAUAUCCAGCAGUAUGCACUGAAAGUUGACCUGACAUCGGAGCAGUGA